AUGGCUUCGUCAUCUUCCGAGCCUCCCCGCAACGCCCUCGUCUACUUCAGCACCACCAGCACCACAGGGCUGGCCCUCACCUCUGCCCCUCGGAUUCUGCGUCGUCCGGAUCGACGAGAGGGUAAUUCCAGCGCCCAAGAACAUUUGCGGCACGUGCAUGCCCGUCCUCGCCUGCGCACCACUCGCUUCUUCCCUGGGCCUGACGACGACAACGACGACGCCCGCCGCGCCAGCAUGAGCGAUGACAACCCCUAG